GAGUGAAUGAUUACUGGGUGGGAAGGCGUCUACAAUAUUUGUAAAGAAGCGAGAACCUUGACGAUACUCCAGCCCGGUAGAGUUAUAGCAUAUCAAACCUGAAAAAAUCAUCAUGGACAAUGAAAAUACUCACGUUAUUCAGUGGUUGGAAGAAAACCGAGAAGAUUCAUACAUUUCAGAAGUGGGAAGCGAUAAAAGACUUGCAAGCAUUUUCAUGGUGCCAAUAACGCUGAAAGAAAAUGAUUGAUCUUCACUCAUCAGGCGGUAUCGAUAGGGCCCUAUCACUUCCUCAAACCACACCUUGCUGAGAUGGAAACCGAGAAAUCUCUGAUCAUUGUACGGGCGGUUAUGGAAAAGCUUCCCUCAGAUUUCUUUGCUCCACUUCAAAAAAUUCGAGAUGGGGCGAGCCUUUCAGAUUUGCAGGACGACACCUUUUUUGGAAGUGCUGUCCUUCGCUGCAGGGACUACUAUGGGGACGCUCAAUUUCUCCAAAAUCUGAACCAGAAGGCUUUCGCCAUGAUGCUGUUUAGUGAAAACCCAGAUUUAGUUUGCAAUCGUCAUCUCCUCCAUUGCAUCCAUUCAACAGUUUAUAGAAGGCCUCCUGUGGGCGCUGACCAAGCUGCCCAACGCCCUACUAAUGGCUGGUUUCCUUUUACAUGGCUUAAAAACAAUUGUCUCUGGGUCAGAGGAAGUAAUUGUAAUAAUAAGGAGGGCUAUGCACAGCUUGAGGUUCGAUUUCGCAAUUAUGGAAAGACUGCGCUUCCCUCUCCUUUAAAAUUAAGCAAGGCCGGAGUAAAAUUCAGGCGUUGCGAGGGAGGCAUUGAGCAGAUACGGUUUGACGAGGCCCAGUCUACCUUAUAUCUUCCUGAGUUGAAAAUUGGUCAAAUGACAGAGACGAUCAUUAGAAACUUGAUAGCCUUCGAGUUGUGCUCACCAAAGAUUGAAGAAAACGCCGUUAUUGGUUUUACUCGUCUGUUGAAGGAGCUGACACAAGACGCCAAAGACGCUGAGGUGUUGAGAACGAAUGAAAUCUUUGUGAACUUGGGCGUGGGCGAUGAUAAGAUUGUGGGGAUUGUGAAAAACUUGAGCAGCUCAACAUUGAAACCGUACUGUAAACCUGUUAAUGAUGCCAGGAGAAGCCUCAAGACUUAUUACAAAGGAAGCAAAUUGAAAGUCCUGUGGAUUGAAUUUCUUGACACGUAUUACUCAAAACCAUGGGUUUAAAUCUCCGCCCUCGCAGCCAUAGCGUUGCUUAUUAUGACUGCUUUGCAAGUUUUUUGUUUGUUCUACACCUGCGACUCGUAGAUCAUUUCUCUUGUCUGUAACUAAUGA